AUGUUGCGCUGGUACGCUCUCCCUCUUCCCGCCCUUGCCGCGGAAAACAACAGCUCACAGUUUCAAUGCAGGUACCAAAGCAAGCUGGCCAAGAGGCCCAUCCUCACGGCUAGUAUAACCAGCGCGGUGUUGUUUGGUAGCGGUGAUGUUCUAGCCCAGCAGGCCGUCGACCGGAGAGGCCUCCAGAAGCACGACUUUGGUCGCACCGGGCGCAUGGCUCUCUACGGUGGAGCUGUCUUCGGUCCUGUUGCCACCACCUGGUUCGGUAUCCUCCAGCGCCAUGUCGUCCUUAGAGGCACCGCCUCCACCACCAUCGCCCGCGUCGCUGCCGAUCAGAUGGUGUUUGCGCCCAUUCAAUUGACCUGUUUCUUGUCCUCGAUGGCCAUUAUGGAAGGAAGCGACCCGAUUGAGAAGUGGAAUACUGCCUUUGUGCCCAGCUACAAGGCCAACCUGAUGGUCUGGCCGUUUGUCCAGGGGGCCAACUUUGCUUUAGUGCCCCUGGAACUCCGAGUGCUGGUGGUCAACAUUGUCAGCUUGGGCUGGAACUGCUUCCUCAGCUUGAUGAACAGUGGCGAGGAGUAA